AUGAAGGAGGGCGAAGGGGGGAAGCCGGCGAGCGGCGCCGCUGGAGAUGGAGAGGGAGCCAAGUCCUCGGUGGCGGUGUCUGAUAUGGGGGCCUGGGGCAUGAACGUGGUCAGCUCCGUCGGCAUCAUCAUGGCCAACAAGCAGCUCAUGUCCUCCGGCGGCUAUGGCUUCAGCUUCGGUAUGGAUCUAAUUAGUAGGCCAUUCGUUGAAAAUCUCCAUUCAUUCGAAAAUACUCCGCCCAACUCUCCUGGAUCUGAUCUGGUGUUCUUCGCAAAUCUCUCUCCCCGCCCCCUUCCUCCCGCCGUGGAGUCAUCAAAUCCAGCGGAACCCCGAUCUUCUGCAAAUCCACUCCGUUCCUCCCGUGUAGACUCAUCAAAUCUACCCUUUAUCCAUCCAUCUGGGUCUUCUUCCUCCUCUCUUGCCUUUCCUCAGAGGUUUCAGAGGAUGGGGACGAACACGCACUAGAGGCGAAGAAAGAAAUGGGAUGCAUGUCUACCAGAGGGAACAGAAACUUUCUAUCGAUUCCGACGAUCUCGUUCGAAUUUCUCUGGAUCAUCGCCACAUAUGUCUGCCUUCCCUGAAAGCUGAGAUACCGACGAUCUCAGCUCCUCGUAUGAUCAUCUCUCUUCUGCUCCGCUCCAUCAAUCGAUCUGCCUUCCAUCUGCCUCUCAUCCCAUUUCAUCGUCUCCUCCUGCAGCGACGACUCUCACCGGGAUGCAUUUCGCCGUGACUGCCGUGGUGGGUUUCGUCUCAAAUGCGACGGGCUACUCUGCAUCGAAGCAUGUCCCUCUGUGGGAGCUUCUCUGGUUCUCCAUCGUCGCCAACACCUCCAUCACAGGGAUGAACCUGAGCUUGAUGCUCAAUUCCGUCGGCUUCUACCAGGUUGCGCAUGCGUUCCCCAAAACCCCUCUUCAGCACCCCGUUGACUCUCGUUUUUCAUGGCCCCGGCGAGGAGAUCAUUUGACCUUUGAUUCUUUGAUUCUUUUCUGAAAAAAUUCCCCCCUGCAGAUCUCCAAGCUGAGUAUGAUCCCUGUGGUAUGCGUGAUGGAGUGGUUGAUGCACGGGAAACGCUACUCGAGAGAGGUCAAGAUAGCCGUGGUGGUUGUGGUUAUGGGAGUUGGGGUGUGCACGGUGACUGAUGUGAAAGUCAACGCGAAGGGCUUCAUCUGUGCUUGCGUAGCCGUGCUGUCAACGUCCCUGCAGCAGAUUGUGAGCAUUCCUUAAAAUCACGUUCUUUCAUCUCAGCAAGUAGAAUCUCCUACCACGGCCUUUGACAUAUGCAUCAAUGAUGAACCCGAGAACCCCACAACUCUCUCUCUCUCUCUCUCUCUCUCUCUCUCUCUAGAUGCUAUUAGACUCGUUGUAUGAUGAGGGGAUCUAUUUUUAUCGGUAGUAUGAUUCAUUUCAUGCUAAUUUCAUCGGGAUUGUGGUGCACAAAGGGAGACUUUUCUCGACUGUUGAGAUAUCUGAUGAGCGUCCUCAUUAGAGCCCUGAUCAGGGCCAGAGGAGGAGGGCUGAGAUGAUCCAAAAUGUCCACUUUGUAGGGUCAACCCAAACUAUAUUUCUUCUUCCUGCGGUUUCUCUCUCUUUUGACUUCAUCAUGGAUUGGAAUUUUUUUCGUUUUUUUUUUCCAUGGCAGUCAAUUGGGUCCCUGCAGAAGAAGUACUCGGUGGGCUCGUUCGAGCUGCUGAGCAAGACGGCGCCAAUUCAAACCAUCUCCCUCAUAAUCCUCGGCCCCUUCAUUGACUUCUACCUCAACGGCAAGAUCCUGACUCAGUACAGAUUCUCCACCGGCGCCAUCGUAAGUCUCCCACAUGUUCACCUUCGUCUUCGUCUUCAUCUUCAUCUUUGGCGGGCGACAUAAUUGGGGCCCAAUGGAUGGAUCUGUGGCGGCAGGUGUUCAUCUUGCUCUCAUGCUCUCUGGCGGUGUUCUGCAACGUGAGCCAGUACCUCUGCAUCGGGCGCUUCUCGGCGGUCUCGUUCCAGGUGCUGGGGCACAUGAAGACGGUGUGCGUGCUCACACUCGGCUGGAUCCUCUUCGACUCCGAGCUGACGCUGAAGAACAUAACGGGGAUGCUCCUGGCGGUGGCCGGCAUGGUCAUCUACAGCUGGGCGGUGGAGAACGAGAAGGUGGCGGCCGCCAAGGCGGCGCUCUCCAAGAGCAGCAUGACGGAGGAGGAGAUCCGGUUGCUGAAAGGGGGAGCGGAGAACGGGGAAUCGAAGGACAUUGAGCUCGGGGAGACGAAGGAAUAG